AUGGUGUCCACAGUUCUUGCUGUGACACUGUGUGUCACACUCAUGCACAUUCAUGUGACUACAGGUGCAGCCUUUCUCACUCCUGAUUCUGAGGCUCCUCCCACUAUAACUUCUGAUCCCCGCCCCCUGGGUGAGUUGAUCCAUGCUGCGCUGAUGAGUAAGAAGUAUCUUGGCCAGUCCUCUGGCAACAUAGGCACAACUACUAACCCGACCCAGGCUGUCCCAUCUGUUGAACCUGCCUUCACAGUAAUGUCCCCAGGUGUUCUCACUACCGCUAUGACCUCAUCAACUGCCCCUCAAUAUGGCCAAUCAGGAGGGAAGGGUGGUGUGACAUCACCACCAGCAGAGGAGGAGACCACAACGACUUUGAUCACCACCACAACAAUAACAACAGUUCACACACCAGUGCAGUGUAACGCUAGCCUGACAGGCAUGGAGGGGAUAGUGGAGUCUCCAGACCAGCUCUCCUCAUCAAUUCCGUUUUCUCCACUGGAAUGCACCUACAGCAUCACUGUAUAUCCUGGAUACGGGGUGGAAAUACAGGUGAAGAAGGUGAACUUGUCUAAAGAGGAGUCUCUGACCAUUCUGGGACUGGAUGGCUCAGUACCUGAACUUUUAGCCAACGAGACAAUGAUCACUGAAGGUCAGGUGAUACGCAGUAAAACAAAUCAGGUGCAGAUUCACUACCGAAGCCUGAAGCAGACCAAUCAUGGCAUUUUUACACUUCACUACCAAGCGUUCCUCCUCUCCUGUCCAUUCCCUAUCUCUCCUGAGGGGGGUGGAGUCACUGUGACUGACAUUCAUCCCGGAGGUCAGGCUCACUUCCACUGUGACCCCAGUUUUCAGGUCAGAGGUCAUGAAGUUGCCACUUGUCUGAACUCCACCCGACCCCACUGGAGCACUCCUGUGCCUCAGUGUAUGGCUGUGUCUUGUGGAGGAUGGAUCAGAAAUGCUACGGUGGGCCGUAUCCUCUCUCCCACCGUUCCCUCUAGCAGUAACCUUAGUAAUAGCAACUUGAGCUGCCAUUGGUUGCUUGAGGCCAAGGAGGGCCACCGACUACAUCUCCAUUUUGAAAGGAUGGCUUUGGAUGAAGACAAUGAUAAACUGAUUGUCCGAAGUGGGAAUAAUUCUAACACACCCCUUCUUUUCGAUUCGGAUCUGGAUGAUGUUCCGGAGCGUGGGAUAGUGAGUGAAGGAUCAUCUCUGUAUCUGGAGCUAACAGCUGACUCUUCCUCCAUCCCUCUGCUGAUGGCACUUCGCUAUGAGGCUUUUGAUGGCGAGCACUGUUAUGAACCCUAUGUCCCUCAUGGGAAUUUUAGCAGCAGUGACAUCACCUUCCCUAUCGGUACUACAGUAACCUUCUCCUGCUCUCCUGGAUUUGUCAUGGAUCAAGGGUCAGGGGUCAUGGAGUGUGUCGACCCCAGUGACCCCCACUGGAAUGAGAGUGAGCCUGUGUGCAAAGCUCUAUGUGGUGGGGAGCUGACAGAUGCGACAGGAACCGUACUGUCUCCUGAUUGGCCACAGAGCUACUCCAAGGGGCAGGAUUGUGUGUGGCAGAUCCACGUCAGUGAGGACAAGCGGAUUGAGCUGGAUGUGCAGAUUUUGAACAUUCGUCACAAUGACAUUCUCACCAUAUUUGAUGGCCAUGACCUCAUGUCCCAUGUGAUUGGUCAGUAUUUGGGGUCACGGGAAAGGUUCCGAGUUGUGUCUGGUGGCUCAGAGGUCACUAUUCAGUUUCAGAGUGACCCAGAUGAUUCCACCUUCAUCCUGAGCCAAGGCUUCCUGAUUCACUAUCGAGAGGUGGAGCCUAAUGACACAUGCCCCACUUUGCCACCAAUUGAAUUUGGCUGGAGUAGCUCUUCUCAUGUCUCACUCGUGAGGGGCAGUGUAAUAACCUAUCAGUGUCAACCUGGCUAUGACAUUGUGGGUUCUGACAUCAUCACAUGUCAGUGGGAUCUCUCUUGGAGCAACAGCCCACCUACCUGUGUGAAAAUCCAGCAGUGUCCUGACCCAGGGGAGGUGGUGAAUGGAGCACGCUCAGUGCACCCGGAGUUAGGCUUUGCAGUUGGAACAGUGGUGCGCUUUACCUGUAAUCAAGGUUACCAGCUGGAGGGCCCUAGUCAGAUCUCCUGCCAUGGCAGAGACACUGGCAUGCCAAAAUGGAGUGACCGUAGCCCCAAAUGUGUCUUGAAGUAUGAUCCAUGCCCAAAUCCUGGUGUGCCAGACAAUGGUUACCAAACACUGUAUAAACAUAGUUACCAAGCAGGAGAGUCUCUGCGCUUUUUCUGUUACGAAGGCUAUGAGUUGAUUGGAGAGGUCAUCAUUAACUGUGUCCCAGGACACCCCUCUACGUGGAGCAACACACCCCCUUUCUGCAAAGUGGCCUAUGAGGAGCUGUUGGAAGACCACAAACUGGAAGUCUCUCAGUCAUUAGAGGCUUCCCACCAAAUGCUGAGUGAGAACAUUGCAUUGGCCAUCAUCCUACCAAUCAUCCUGGUCAUCCUUUUGAUUGCUGGAAUAUACAUGUACUACACUAAUGUGUGUAGGUUGCAGUGGAAGCCACUGUUUUGGAAGUCCCUCUCACACACCCACUCCUACAGUCCCAUCACAGUGGAAUCUGACUUUAAUAACCCACUGUAUGAAGCAGGGGACACAAGGGAGUAUGAGGUGUCCAUCUGA